CGUAACUGCGAACUUUUGUUUGGUGUGUUGUGUGAGUUAGUUUCCGCCGCCGGGACAGAGGCGCCGGCCGGGCUGGGCCGGGCUGAGGGAAGCGCCGCACGGCCAGAGUUGUUUUGCCAGUUGCCGCGGCCGGGUCGGCUUCCCGACCGAGGGGUGAGAAGCACCGACGACAGCAGGACGAGCCCGCGGCCCGGGGUGCGGGGCAUGCGGGACUGGGAAUCCGGGCUCUGAGCCGCCGAGCCCCGCCAGGGAAGCGCCGCGGGGUCCCGACGGAGCCAUGGAUCCUGGGCAGCCUCAAACGCAGCAGCCGCCGCAGGCAGCGCAGCCCCCGGCCUCGCAGCAGCAGCCGCCGCCGCAGCCCCCGGGCUCGGUGUCGGGGGCCCCGGCCGGCGCGGCGCAGCCUCCGGGUGCGGGGCCCCCUCCGGCGGGGCACCAGAUCGUCCAUGUGCGGGGCGACUCGGAGACCGAUUUGGAGGCGCUGUUCAACGCCGUGAUGAACCCCAAGGGCGCCAACGUGCCACACACGCUGCCCAUGCGACUGCGGAAACUGCCCGACUCCUUCUUCAAGCCGCCCGAGCCCAAGGCCCACUCCCGCCAGGCCAGCACUGAUGCCGGGACAGCAGGAGCCCUGACCCCACAGCAUGUCCGAGCUCAUUCCUCUCCAGCAUCACUGCAGCUGGGAGCUGUUUCUCCAGGGACACUUACACCCUCUGGAGUAGUGACUGGACCUGGAGCUCCAUCUUCUCAACACCUUCGCCAGUCUUCUUUUGAGAUCCCUGAUGAUGUACCUUUGCCACCAGGUUGGGAGAUGGCUAAGACACCAUCUGGGCAGAGAUACUUUCUUAAUCACAUUGAUCAAACAACAACAUGGCAAGAUCCUAGGAAGGCUAUGCUUUCCCAGAUGAAUGUUACAGCUCCCACCAGUCCUUCUGUGCAGCAGAACAUCAUGAACUCGGCAUCAGGCCCACUCCCCGAUGGAUGGGAACAAGCUAUGACCCAGGAUGGAGAAAUUUACUACAUAAACCAUAAGAACAAGACCACAUCUUGGCUAGACCCAAGGCUUGACCCACGCUUUGCCAUGAAUCAGCGAAUCAGCCAAAGUGCUCCAGUCAAACAGCCACCUCCUCUGGCUCCUCAGAGUCCCCAGGGUGGUGUGAUGGGAGGGAGUAGCUCCAAUCAACAGCAACAGAUGAGACUUCAGCAGCUACAGAUGGAGAAAGAAAGGCUGAGACUGAAGCAUCAAGAACUGCUUCGGCAGGAAUUGGCUCUCCGUAGCCAGCUUCCAACAAUGGAACAAGACGGUGGAUCUCAAAACCCCGUGUCAUCUCCUGGAAUGUCUCAGGAGCUGAGAACAAUGACUACAAAUAGUUCUGAUCCCUUUCUUAACAGUGGAACAUAUCACUCCAGAGAUGAAAGCACAGAUAGUGGACUUAGCAUGAGCAGUUACAGUGUACCCAGAACCCCAGAUGACUUCCUGAACAGUGUUGAUGAGAUGGAUACAGGUGACAGUAUCGGCCAAAGUAACAUACCAUCCCAUCAGAACCGUUUCCCAGACUACCUUGAAGCCAUUCCAGGGACAAAUGUGGACCUUGGGACACUGGAAGGAGAUGGAAUGAAUAUAGAAGGAGAAGAACUGAUGCCAAGUCUGCAAGAGGCUUUGAGCUCUGACAUCCUUAAUGACAUGGAAUCUGUCUUGGCAGCCACCAAGCUAGAUAAAGAGAGUUUUCUUACUUGGUUAUAGGGGCCUCAGGGAGACUGAAUUCUAAAUCUGUGAAGGAUCUAAGGAGAUUAGGACAUCUGUAUCUGAAGUUCAGAACAAGCCAGUGUGGUGCACAUUGGCUUGUGUUCAGAAAAAGUAAAUGAACAAAUACUCAACAAGAUUCUUUGGGUUUGCUCUUCCUUGUCCAUCGCUGCUGUUAUAUAUUGCUGACUUUUUUCCACAGUUGACUCUGAAGAACAGACAUCUUCUUGAUCUUUUUCUAUUGCUGUUGCAACUACUGUUCAAGGGGGGUGGGGAGGAAUGAUGAGCCUAUUUUGGAUGACGAAUGCCAUUCCUUUUGUCCUAGUGUGCGCUUGCAUAUCAUUUUAUCUAAGUACUCAGAUUUGAGAGUUAAUUUCUGCAUGUCACUGCUUGUAGUUUGCUCAGCUAGUUGUCUCCUGCUGCCUGUGGUAAGUGGUAAAACAUGAUAUACUGGGGUGACAAGCCAAAAAUGAUGUAUCUGGUCAAAAGCAGUCAAUACUGAUUUGGAGAUACGAUGUAAAGGAGGGCUGAAGACUGGCAUUAAGUGUUCCUACUAGUAGCUCUUGCAUUAGCCACAAAGUGCUCUUGUUCGUAUUUUAUGUUAUAGUAAAUCAUGAGUCAUUUUACAUAGAAACAUAUAUGAACUUUGAUUGUUGCCACAUACUCUAGCCUAACUUCCAUUUGUCAAAAAUACUUUGAUUAUUUUUGUUAGUUGGUUUAAUUGUAGCUGUAGGAUGGGAAGUAAUUAUAGGUGUUCUGGGUUUUUUUUUAUUAGUGAAAUCUAAGGGUUUUUUCUGAUUUCACACAGUCUUAUUUAAAUCUGAAUUGUCUGCUUUUUUUUAUACUUAAACCAUGCCUAUUAUAGCCUGAUAAGCUAGUGAGUACAUAAACCAGUAUGUUUUGCCUGUAACUUUUUUAUUUUUUUAAAGGCUAGCUUUGAAUGUAAUCAUUAGAUUUCAUGACCAGUGGCUUAUUUUUCAUGUGUAUUUGCGAGACUUUGAAUUAGAAUCUGAUUACAGCAAUGUAAAAGUUAGACUCCUUUGUCAUGUGUACAAAUUUUAAAUGCAUUUUAAAGUAGCAGAACCAUUUUAAAAUUACAUCUAAUCUCUCUUCUGGUUUUCAGUUUUGGUCUCUAAAUGAGUUCAGAUUUUAAAAUCCUUCAUGGAGAAAAAAAUUAUAAGAAGUUUCUCUUAAGUUAACACAGACAAAAAUUCUGAACUAUUAAUAUCACUGUGUGUUGCAAUGUAAAGGCUAGAACACCAAAAAACUUCUCAAUAAAAACUUCUAAGUGUAAGAGUUUGGUGAAAAAUAAGCCCUGGACACUAUAUGUAGAAGAAUGUAAAGAUAUGUGUUAGAUGGUGACAUGAGCAGGUAAUGAAGUGUAUAUUAGUAGUAGAGAUUAGCAUGGGGUAGAGGUGAAUAUGAAUAAUUUUUAUUUUAACAGGAAAAGAUGUAACACUAAGUUGUCUGCAGGAGUUGACACAAGUUUCCAAAGAGUAUUUUUAAAUGAACAAAACGAGCAAGAAUCAAACUUUCACUAUAAGCUAUGAAUUUUUGUGGGGCUUUUAGGAUUUUUUCUGACGAAAAAGUGUCACCAGUUAACACCUCUAUAAUUAAGGGCCUGUCACCAUUAUCAACAUUGAGCCUUUAUUUUCAAGGGUGUAUAACAUGACUAUAAAGAUACUGUAAGCGUGAAACUUAGAUUUGGAAAAAAACUCUCAGUUAGCAGGGACUUCUCCUGAGGAGAGAUUUUUUGGGUUUUACUGUUUUGCAUUUUUUUAAAGACACUGAUUAUUUUUUUAAGCUAGGAACAAAUCAGCAAAACAAACAAAAAAACCCAUCAUAUUAUUAUUGCCAUUUGUAUUUCUUUUAUGCUUCAGAAAUAAUUCUGGUUUAAGAUGAUGUAAAGAAAAUGACGACUCUUAACUAAAUCCCAUUUUAAAAACUGAAGCAGCAGAGGCAGAGAUUUGAAAUUUACCACUAUAAAUGUACAUUUAUUACUUUACAUAAAUGUAUUAGUGUUUGAAAAACACAAAAUUUUGUGGCUUGUUAUGGGAUACAGGCAAGUUUUAAAAUAACAAUUUUUAAAACACAUUCAUAAUGAUAUAUAUUCUGCUACAUCAAUAAUUCAGCAGUUAAUAGGCCACUUAUAUUGUGCAAUGACACAGUAGCUCCUAAAGCAGUGUAUUGUGUCCAGGAUAGGGAUUUUGGUAGCAUUUUUGCAAUUUCAAUAUGAAUUCCUCUCUCUCCUACCCUUCAGGAAAAGAAAAAGACACUAAGUUUUCGUAACUUGAAUGAUCUGACAUAAAACCACAACAGCAAGGAAAUUCAGAGUUAAUUCUAUUUCAGUUGUCUUCCAUGGUUGUAUCCAGGUAUCAUAGCACAUAGAGAGUCACAGAAUAAGCUGAGUUGGAAGGAACCCAUCAGGAUCAUCAAGUCCAGCUCCUGGCCAGCACAGGACACCCCAGGCUUCACACCAUGUGCCCGAGAGUGUUGUCCCAACGCUUCUUGAACUCUGUCAGGCUGGUGCUGUGAGCACUUCCCUGGGAAGCCUGUUCCAGUACCCAUCCACCCUCUGUGAGAAGAGCUUUUUCUUGAUACCCAACCUAAAUUUCCCCUGACUCAGCUUCAGGCCAUUCCCUUGGGUCCUGUCACUGGUCUUGAGAGUGAAGAGAUUUUACCUGUCCCUCCUCUUCCUCUCAUGAGGAAGCUGUAUACUGCAAUGAGAUCUCCCCUCGCCUCCUCCAGGCUGAACAGACCAAGUGACCAAGUGACCUCAGCCAUGAGAAGUGGCUUCCCCUCAAGGCUCUUCCUCAUCAUCAUCACCCUCCUUGCCCUCCUUUGGACACUCUCUAUUAGUUUAAUAUCCCUGUCAUACUGUGGCACCCAAACCUGCCCCCAGCACUGAGGUGAGGCUGCCCCAGCUCAGAGCAGAGCAGGACAAUCCCUCCCUUGCCCGGCUGUGAUGCUGUGCCUGAUGCCCCCCAGGACAGGGUUGGCCCUCCUGGCUGCCAGGGCACUGCUGCCUCAUGUUCAACCUUCUGCCAGUCAGGACCCCCAGGUCCCUUUGUGCAGCGCUGCUCUCCUGCAUCUCAUCCCCCAGUACAUGCACACAACCAGAUAUGAUGCACUGAGUGCAAACUCCUGACAUGCUCUACCUAGCUACAACAGAAAUGAGUACAGAACAAAUUAUCUUUCCUUGCUUUUGUGUGUUUGUCACAGCUUUAAAAUUUGAAUGUUUUAUUCUCAUUGUAGAAACACUAAAUGGCUUACUGUAUUUGGGUAGCACUGCUUAGGGUAGAUACUGACAAACUGGGAAUCCUUGAACUGCUUUAACAUUAAUUAUGUUUUGUGAUACUUAUUUUAAUUAAGACAUUUCCGUUCUCUCACCUACUAGGAAACAUACCAUAGAGAUGCUGUACUGUUGGCAAUCAAUAUUAAUUUGGAUUUUUUUUUUUUAAUUCUGCAAAUGCGUUAUUUGAUGAAGUGGUUAAAAUUGUUUGAAAUGCAAAAGUGUUUUGGGUAGUAUUUUAUACUGAUGUAUAUAUUGAAACAGAAAUCAUUGUAAUAAGUGUAAUAGCUGUUAGUUUUAAAUACACUAUAUGCAGACAGAUGGGGCUGUACAGAGCUGUACUGUUAACACCCAGGCAGGGCUACUGCUUGGGAACAGGUUGCAGCGUCAGUGAACCAUAUGGAUCAAAUAUUGUACCGUUCAGUGUUGGCGCUCACCAAUGCAAAAGGAGAAGAGACAAUUUCAACAUGAUUAACACUACAUGGUAAAUUAGUACUACAGUGACCUUUUCACUUACAAGCAUGUUUUUUAUAUAAAUUAGCAGGUGUGCCUGUAUAAAAUAAUUUGUGUUCUGUAUCAUGGAAAAACUACUCUCCACAUUUAGAAUCACAGAAUCAUGUUGUAUGUUAGAGAAUUAUGUCCAAAAUUAUAUAUAUUACUUAACAAUGUUAUUUUUAGAUAUGAGCAUGACUGUAAGCUAGGUACUUAAGUACAUUCUGUUACAUUAUUUUUUCUUUAUGUAAUACUUUUUCAGUUGUUUUAUUUGGUAUAAAUAUAUACUUUGUGCUUAAA